AUGCGCGGCCGGGAGGGGGGAGGGGGCGUGGACAGGGAUGACUGGCGGUCCACGCGGUUCGCAAGUCGCAACCUCUCGGUGAUCGAUCGAACCCCGGUACCCCUCGCACGGAACGCGGCACUUGAAAACGGUCAGAGGCUCAUCAAACAAAUGCGGCGGAACCAGUAUGCGCAGUCAAAGCAUCAGCAUCAUCCCAGCAUCAGCAUGGAAAAUUUCGGCGAGGUCAAGGAUGAAGCGUCUCGGUCGAAGACACUUACGAAGGGUCGAAACGCCAGUUUCUCUGCCAUUGUUCAUAUGAAGUUGAAAUCAGGCCAGAUGUCAUUCAACUGCAAUUUUAGUUGA